AUGGACUACCCUCAACCUCCCCUCGCUUACUACUACCCUGUCACUUACACCUAUCCUGUCACUCAAACCUACUAUUACGCUGGCACUCCGCCUCAACGUCUUUCCGAAACCCAGGCUAACAUGGAUCCACCCCAGGCUGCCGAAUCACUUUGCAUGAAUGGACGAGCUUUGAAUGAGAAAGCGGUCGAAGUCUCUCCGUCCUCUUCUCGCGUCCUCGAUCGCGCUGCCGAUAUCCUCACUCCGUUCCCGCCGUCAAAGAACCGACCGCGUCCCGGUGACUGGACUUGCCCAUCAUGUGGUUUCUCCAACUUCCAACGUCGCACGGCUUGCUUCCGAUGCUCCUACCCGAUCAACGCCAUGCCUCCGGCACCGGCUGAGAUGGGCUAUAUGCACGGCGGUGCCUACGGUUACGGUCCUCCUCAGAUGAUGGGCCAUGGACAUCAUUCCAUGGGCGGACACCAUGGUAUGCAUGGCCAUAUGGGUGGUGGUGGUGGUGGUGGUGGUGGUGGUGGUCGGGGAGGUGGCGGAGCUGGAAAUGUCAUUCCGUUCCGUGCAGGCGACUGGCAAUGUGGAGCUAACGGCUGCAACUAUCACAAUUUUGCGAAGAAUGUUUCAUGCCUUCGAUGCGGAGCGAGCCGAAGCCGAGCCUUGCUCGUAGCGGAUACUGCGACGACGUUCUCUACUCCGAUGAACCAACCCGGCAGUUACGGAAUGGGUGGACCUCCUGGUGCUCCAAUGGAAGCUGGUCCUCCGGGUCACUUCGGCGGCCCCGCAGGAUUCGACUCGACUCCGAACUUCCCUGGACAAUUCGGACAAGCCAGCACCUACGCACUCCCUAGCGGACUGGGUGCAGCGUCUCCCUAUCCUCCGAUGGGAGGUCAACAAUAUGCUGCGAACGGUGGCUCCGGUAUACCUGGACCUUCCGGUGGUUUCGACAGCCGUGCCGAGGCUGCUUUCACUUCCGCAGGGCAACCGGGCGGUGUUGGUAACGUCAGCUCCGCCGGUGCCGGUGCCAAUGCCUCCAGCUUUGCAAACGGCGCACCUGGAUUCGAUGGGGCCAGUGACCCAUUCUCGUUCCUCAGCUCCGGCCUUGGAGGGUUGAGCAUCAAUGACUCCUCGAGGUCUGGCGGUGGCCCACCUAGCAAGUCCCCUGCCUAG